CCUUUUCAUGACUUCAUCAGGGGGCGGGGCGCUGCGACCCGGUUCGCUCCGCAGAGGCUGGGGACAUGGCGACACCGGGUCGUGUGGCCCCGGCGGCCCCCUUUGACCCUUCGCAGCCCCCCGUCAUCGAAGGAUUUAGCCCCACCGUCUUCGAACCUACAGAAAGCGUCAAGGACAAGUUCAUCCGCAAAACCCGCGAGAACCCGUUGGUGCCCAUCGGCUGCCUGGGCACGGCCACCGCGCUCCUGUACGGCCUCUACUGCUUCCACCGCGGCCAGAGCCAGCGCUCGCAGCUCAUGAUGCGCACCCGGAUCGCCGCGCAGGGCCUGACGGUCGCGGCCAUCCUGCUGGGCCUGGCCACCUCCGCGAUGAAGUCUCGACCCUGAUGGAGUCGCGCGACCCGGACCCCCGAGGCUUGCCACCGCCCCCCACCCCUCCGCACGUCUGCCCGUGGGCCGGGACUCCCCACAAUGACCCCGACCAGCCAGCCCCCGGUGCCGGCGAGGGUGGGGGGAAAGUGGCCGGUUGUGUAACUGACCAGUUUUUUUUUUUUAAUUGUGGAAUCGCAGAUCGGUUCCGUUGGCAUGUGGCACAUUUCUCUAGGUGCCUCCCUUUCUCUGUUUAUUAUUAAUAAACACUGAUACCUUCUCCUACA